AUGGGAAUUGGAGAAAUAACUGCCCAGCAUCCUCUGCCCAACCAAUCAGAAUGUAGGAAAAUCUACAGAUAUGACGGAAUCUACUGUGAAUCUACCUACCAGAAUUUACAAGCAUUGAGAAAGGAGAAAUCCCGAGAUGCCGCUCGCUCCCGCCGGGGAAAAGAAAACUUUGAGUUCUAUGAAUUGGCCAAGUUGUUGCCUCUUCCUGCAGCCAUCACCAGCCAGCUUGACAAGGCAUCCAUCAUCCGACUUACAAUUAGCUAUCUGAAAAUGAGGGACUUUGCUAACCAAGGGGACCCUCCAUGGAACUUGCGAAUGGAAGGCCCUCCACCUAACACAUCAGUAAAAGUGAUAGGGAGGAAGGAUCGCCGGAGCCCAGCAGGUCGAGCAAUAAACAUGUUUGAUAAACACAUCCCUAGUCAUCUAUUAGAAUCCCUGGAUGGCUUUGUAUUUGCACUAAAUCAAGAAGGAAAAUUUUUGUACAUUUCCGAAACAGUCUCCAUCUACCUAGGCCUCUCACAAGUGGAGCUGACAGGCAGCAGCGUCUUUGACUAUGUACACCCGGGAGACCACGUGGAGAUGGCAGAGCAGCUGGGCAUGAAGCUCCCGCCCGGGCGGGGUCUCCUCUCCCAGGGCACCGCUGAGGACGGAGCCAGCUCAGCAUCUUCCUCCUCUCAGUCGGAGACCCCCGAGCCAGUGGAGUCAACCAGCCCCAGUCUGCUAACCACUGACAACACCCUUGAGCGUUCCUUUUUCAUCCGAAUGAAAUCUACUCUGACCAAACGCGGUGUGCACAUCAAAUCAUCAGGAUAUAAGGUGAUUCACAUAACAGGCCGGCUACGCCUGAGAGUGUCGCUGUCCCAUGGGAGGACCGUGCCCAGCCAAAUCAUGGGUCUCGUGGUUGUUGCUCAUGCCUUGCCUCCCCCUACGAUCAAUGAAGUUAGAAUUGACUGUCAUAUGUUCGUCACUCGAGUAAAUAUGGACCUCAAUAUCAUUUACUGUGAAAAUAGGAUUAGUGAUUAUAUGGAUCUGACCCCUGUAGACAUCGUAGGGAAGAGAUGCUACCACUUCAUCCAUGCCGAAGACGUCGAGGGCAUCAGGCACAGUCACUUGGACUUGCUGAACAAGGGUCAGUGUGUGACGAAGUACUAUCGUUGGAUGCAGAAGAAUGGAGGAUAUAUUUGGAUACAGUCUAGUGCCACGAUAGCCAUUAAUGCCAAGAAUGCAAAUGAAAAGAAUAUCAUCUGGGUGAAUUAUCUUCUUAGUAAUCCUGAGUACAAGGACACGCCCAUGGACAUCGCGCAGCUCCCGCAUCUGCCAGAGAAGACUUCCGAAUCCUCAGAGACAUCCGACUCCGAAUCAGACUCUAAAGACACCUCAGGUAUCACAGAGGACAACGAGAACUCCAAGUCCGACGAGAAGGGGAACCAGUCGGAGAACAGCGAGGACCCGGAGCCCGACCGGAAGAAGUCGGGCAACGCGUGCGACAACGACAUGCACUGCAACGACGACGGCCACAGCUCCAGCAACCCGGACAGCCGCGACAGCGACGACAGCUUCGAGCACUCGGACUUCGAGAACCCCAAGGCGGGCGCGGACGGCUUCGGCGCGCUGGGGCCCAUGCAGAUCAAGGUGGAGCGCUACGUGGAGAGCGAGUCGGACCUGCGGCUGCAGAACUGCGAGUCGCUGACGUCGGACAGCGCCAAGGACUCGGACAGCGCGGGCGAGGCGGGCGCGCAGGCCUCCAGCAAGCACCAGAAGCGCAAGAAGCGGCGGAAACGGCAGAAGGGCGGCAGCGCCAGCCGCCGGCGCCUGUCCAGCGCGUCGAGCCCGGGGG